AAAUAAACCAAAGGCAACACUACGCAAGGCUGCCAGCGUCCCGGUGACUGGGCACAAAGUUCCCCUUUCUCUCUUCCAUGUUGAUUCCCAGACAAAAAAGCUUCGUUCUGUCGCAGGAUGAGUCGCCCCGGUGAAUGACUUGAGUUUGUUCUUAUUUAUUGCUUCACUUGGCGUUGAGGAUGGUGCGCAACGUGGACGACCUUGACUUCUGUCUGCCGUCGCACCCGCAGACCAUCCUUGAGGGUCUGCGCUCUCUGUGCUCUCAGCCCAAGAUGGUGGACGUCACACUGAGCGCCGGGGGUCGCGACUUCCCGUGCCACCGCGGGGUCCUGGCCCUCUGCAGCGCCUACUUCGGCUGCAUGUUCUCGGGUGACUUCGCCGAGAGCAUCGCGGCCCGCGUGGAGCUCCAAGAAGUGGAUCCGGAUAUUCUGAGCUGCUUGCUGGACUUCGCCUACACGGGCAAGCUGACCAUCAACCAGAGCAACGUGGAGGGUCUGAUCCGCACUUCCAGCCGGCUGCAGUUUCAGACGGUCCGCGCUGUGUGCACGCGGUACCUCCAGCACCAGAUCGACGCCACCAACUGCCUGGGCAUCCUGGAGUUUGGCGAGAUCCACGGCUGCCCCGAGGUGGUGGCCAAGGCGCGAGCCUUCCUCUUGGAGAACUUUGAGGCAGUCCAGCUGAGCGAGGAGUUCCUGCUCCAGGAGAAGGAGCGCCUGGUCUUCUGCCUGAGCCACGAAGGCUUGCAGGUCCGAUGCGAGCGCGCUCGCGUGGAGGCUGUCCUCAGGUGGGUGGGGCACCGGCAGGAGGCUCACCUGGGCCACAUGCCGGAGCUGCUGGGCCUCUGCCGACUGGAGCUGCUCGACCCGGACUACCUGAGGGGCACGCUGAUGCAGGAUGCUCUGGUGCAGGCGUCGGACGGCUGCAGGGAGGCCGUGGAGAAGGUCCACAUGGAGAAAAUGCACUUGGCCCCGGAGUGCGCGGUCACAGUGGACGGUCAGAGUCCGCAGCCCAACCUGCAGGAGGUGCUCUUUGUCAUGGGGGGUCGCUCCCUGGACGACGACUCGGACGACGACUCGGACGACGACGAUGGCGAGCGGGCGAGAGCGAGAGCGCGCAGAACUCAGCCCAGGAACUGUGCCUUCUACAACACCAAGACAAAACAGUGGCAUGAGCUCCCAAAUUUCCCCAACCCAAACAAGUGGGGCUUCUCCAUGGUGUCGCUGAAUAAUGACGUCUACGUCACAGGAGGCUCCCGGGGCUCCAACACCAACACCUGGUCCACCACGGAGACGUGGAAGUACGUCACCAAGGAGGGCCGGUGGGUCACGGUGGCGCCCAUGCUCCGACCUCGCACCAACCACUCAUCCGCCACGCUCAACGGAGAGAUUUACGUCAUUGGCGGUACGACGUUGACCCGCGUGGAGGUGGAGCGUUAUGACCCGUACCACGACACUUGGACCUCCACGUGUCCGGCCGUCAAGUACGUGACCAACUUCACUUGUACGGCGUGCCGGGGCAAGCUCUACGUCAUCGGCUCCUGCGCCGUCAAGUACAACGCGUUGACCAUGCAGUGUUACAACCCCGUCAUAGACAGCUGGAUGACUAUCUGCUCGCCAUUCAUCCCCAAGUAUCUGUCGUCUCCUCGUUCCGUGUGCAUGGAAGGAAACAUCUACCUGCUGGCCGACAACACCAAGAAAGUCUACUCGUACGACCCCGACGUCAACAUGUGGCAGAAGAUCCAACUGCUCCAUAUGCUGCACGAGAAUGGCGGCCUGGUGUCGCUGGACGGGAGGCUGUACGUAACGGGCGGCCACUGGAAGGGCAUGGAGGGCGACUACGGCGUGGAGGUGGAGGUAUACAACCGGGCCUCCGACACCUGGGAGGUGGAGGGCUUCCUGCCCAGACUCUGGUUCUACAGCGGCGUCUCCACCAUCUUCCUCGACCCCGCCAACUGGCCUCGCGUUUUCCCCGCCGACGCCACGUAGGCGAUGUCACGUGAUCGCUGGCGGAGCGAGAGCUCUGCCGUUGUUUAUUUACAUACGGUGGUGCCAUGACUUUCGAGUGCUCCAAUUUAGGAGCUACGAGCAGUUGCUCGCGCCAUUUUUUUGUUUUGGUGUUGCGAGCAAAAAUACAAGCUUCGGAUAAGCCGCCGCUCUCGUAUGUGGGCAAGGGGAGCCACAGUCGCUGAUGCGCUUUUAGCUGUUUAUUGAAUGGGACAAAUACAAAAUGAGAACCCUGGCAAGUAACUAAUGUAGGCCACAACUCACGCCCAGACGCUCACACAGAGACGAACCGGCGAAGUACCUGAUGUCACUCAGUAGGCCACGCCCCUUGAAGGCAUACAUCCACUUGUGGCGACUUUCGGCUUGUCCCAACGUACAGUAAUUACACUUUAUAAAAGUUCAUUUCUUUACAUUCUCUGUUUUUUUCUGUUUUUAUACAGUAUGGUGCAUUUCUUUUCUUUAUUAAUGACACACAACACCCCAGGAAAUUGCAGUGCUGGAACAGAUUAGUGGCAUUUCAAUAGGGAUACUGAUUUGAUAUGCAACUCAAUUGAGUUACGAGCUUGGUCAUGGAACAAAUUAAACUCCUAAGUCAAGGUACCACUGUACAUUGUUGUCAACAUGUUAGGAAUCUUUGGUGCUGUUUUGUAAAUGAGCAAGGUGUAUGAGGGACACACACAAAUCAUACUACGAGAAUUAAGUCAUCAUCGUACAAGAAUUAAGUCGUAUUUUUUAGGGGGGAUCUGAAUGUUAGGCAAAUAAUAGUGCUUUUCUUGUUGGACAAUCUUGUUAGAAAGUUUUUUUCAAUGUCAGAUUUUGUGUGUGUGUGUGUGUGUUUUAGGAGCAGUUGGUUUUUUUUCAGCAAAAAAGUCUGAAUUUUAAAGGAGAUGAGAAAUGGUAGUGUGCUAAACCUUGAAAUUUAAAAUUUUUCAAGAUGAAAGUCACAAUCUUAUAAGAAAAUGAUAUUUUUAUUAGAUAAAAACAUACACAUUAUUUUGAUUUAAAUAAUUAGCUUUUUAGAGUUUAUUCUUAUAUGAAUUUUUUUUCCAGUCAUAAAUUUAGGAGAACAAAUUUGUAUUUUAUCAAGAAUAAAGUUGUAAUCUAUAAUUGCUAAAAACUAAUUUUGAGGAAAGUAAAAAAACUCAGAAAAUAAAAGUUAUAAAUUUGUAAGAAAAGCUUUUACGGGACAAAGAAAAUAUCAAAUCUAACGAGACCAAGGCUGGUUUUCAAGAAAAAAGUUGUAAUUUUAUAAAAAUAGUAUUUGUUUUUCUUUAAAAAUACUACUUUAUUCUUGUAGUAUUACUUAUUAUGAGAAAAACAAAUCUCUAAAAAUUGCCUUUUUGUCCUCUUAUGAUGAUUGUGACUUUAUUUCCACAAGAUUACUUGUAUUUAGUCAUGAAAAAAGUCAACCUAAAGCUGUAACAUUUUUUUCAAGAAAAGCAGAAUGUAGGAAACAUGAGAAAAAAAUCAAGUUUUUGGGAUAAAAAAAAAAAAUAAAUUUAAUGAGAACAAAGUACUUUUUCUUUUUUUU